AUGGGGAAGCUUCUGGCGGCAGCUUCUCACGGAAGCCACCCCUUGCCUCAGCACGUCUGGCGGAUAAAUCUGGACCCCCCCGAGGAAGCCCGCCAGAACCUCUCCUUCGGUGCUGCGGAUCGCUGGUGGGAGCAGACGGACCUGACCAAGCUGGUGCUGGCCUCCAACAAGCUGCGGGGCCUGUCCGAGGACAUCGGCCUGCUGCCCGCGCUCGCCGUCCUGGAUGUGCAUGAUAAUCAGCUGACAUCGCUUCCCGCUGCUUUAGGGCAGUUGGAAAAUCUUCAGAAACUUGAUGUCAGCCACAACAAACUGACAAGUGUCCCAGAAGAGGUGAUGCGGUUGUCACGUUUGAAGAGCCUGCUUCUCCAUCACAAUGAGCUGAGUCACUUGCCGGAUGGAUUUGGACAGCUUGUCAAUCUAGAAGAAUUAGACCUGUCCAACAACCACCUCGCAGACAUUCCGACAAGUUUUGCUUUGCUCACUAACUUGGUGCGACUCAAUCUGGCGUGUAAUCAGCUCCGGAACCUGCCUGCAGACAUCAGUGCGAUGGAAAGCUUAAGACAACUAGAUUGUUCUAAAAACUAUCUGGAAACUGUACCUCCAAAGUUAGCAACUAUGGCAUCUUUGGAACAACUUUAUCUGAGAAGAAAUAAAUUACGUUCAUUACCAGAAUUUCCCUCAUGCAAAUUACUGAAGGAAUUACACGCUGGUGAAAAUCAGAUUGAAAUAUUAAAUGCAGAGAAUCUGAAGCAUCUGAAUUCCCUCUCUGUAUUGGAACUUAGAGACAACAAGAUCAAAUCAGUUCCUGAUGAAAUUACUCUGCUUCAGAAGCUGGAGCGACUUGACCUCGCCAACAACGAUAUCAGUAGAUUGCCUUACACCUUGGGGACCCUUCCUCAGUUGAAGUUCCUGGCAUUGGAGGGAAAUCCUUUGAGAACCAUUCGCAGAGACCUCCUGCAGAAGGGCACCCAGGAACUUCUGAAAUAUCUAAGAAGCAAAAUCCAAGUGGAUGAUGUGAGCAGCCCACACGCAGAGCCUCCUGUGACGGCCAUGACUCUCCCGAGCCAGUCGAGGGUCAACGUGCAUGCCAUAACUUCACUCAAAUUAUUGGAAUACAGUGAGAAGCAGGCGGCCGUGAUUCCGGACGAGAUGUUCAACGCAGUCGGAACCAAUCCUGUCGCCACCGUCAACUUCAGCAGAAACCAGCUGCGUGAAAUUCCUCCAAGGAUUGUGGAGCUGAAGGACUCGGUUUGUGACGUCAACCUCGGCUUCAAUAAAAUCUCAUCUGUUUCCUUGGAGCUGUGCAUGCUCCAUAAAUUGACACAUUUGGAUAUCAGAAACAACUUUUUGACAUCUUUACCUGACGAAAUGGAGGCACUGACAAGACUGCAAAUAAUAAAUCUUUCUUUUAAUAGGUUUAAAGUCUUUCCCGGCGUCCUUUAUCGCAUCGUGGCGCUGGAGACUGUCCUGCUCAGCAACAACCAGGUCGGCUCCAUCGACCCUCUGCAGCUGAAGGGGAUGGAGAAGCUGGGAACGCUGGACCUGCAGAACAACGACCUCCUCCAGGUGCCACCGGAACUCGGAAACUGUGAAUCGCUGAG